AGAUGGAGCCACAUGUGCCGCCUUCUUCCAGUUUUGUGUUUCGCGGAGGGUUAUCUACCUUAUUUCUGUGAUCUUUCUUGGGAAAUUCAGUUAAAGAACUCUUUCGUCAUGCCCUUCGGAGACUCUCGAAGAAGCUGGAAAGAGCUUUUAUAAUAGCUUUAUGCCAGGGUAACAACUAGUUCGAUGUUCCCACGGUGGUUUAGCGAAACUUCCGACAUCGGACGGUUAGACACUCUGUCAAUCCGAUUGAUCAAUUGUGUAAAAUGCGUCGCGCUAAAUAACGUAAUUAGCAGUCAGCCAACGGAUGAUCAUUUUGCGGAAGUAAGCGUAUAGAAACGGCUAAAAGGUGUGUGUGGGCAUUUAAAUAGUAUUUUUCAGUGUUCGUUGCUUAAUUGUUUAUACUUGAAUAGUGCUCUGAUUUGUGUAAGAACUGUGAGUGAAUGAAAUCGUGGCUGACUAUUGAUCGUGAUUGAAAUUCUUUUUAACAUUGUGAAUGUGUACUUUUGAAGGUUUUAAAAAUGCCUGCUAUAAAAGAUAUAAACAUUGUGAAAAUAGCUGUGGAGAUGGAAGAUCAGGUACCUCAGUUAAUAGAAUUCGAUCAAAAGCGGCCAUUAGCAGCCAUAAUUCAGGAUUUAUGUACAACCUGGGGUCUUACAGAUGCUGAUCAGUAUGCAUUACAGUUUUCAGAUAAUGCUCAUAAUUACAUAACCGAGAAGAAUAGAAAUGACAUAAAGAAUGGAAGCGUGUUAAGGUUGACAUAUUCUUCGACAAAGACAGCACAAGAGAUACUAGAAAAACUCAAUUUUGGUACUCAAGAUGAGAAAAAGACUGCAUUGAGGCGACUUGCUAGAUUAUCUGCUGAUUAUACAUUUGCCCUCGAAUUCAUCAACAAACAAGGCUCGAACUUUCUGAUAUCAAUGAUUGAAGGAGGUAAUUAUACAGGUGAAUUAAUGGCAUUAACUCUUCAGUCAUUUGUAGAAUUGAUGGAUCAUGGAAUCGUGUCCUGGGAUAAUUUGCAAGAUAAAUUUAUCGGGAGAGUAGCCAAUCAAGUUAAUUCACAGACUUCUACUCAAGAUUCUAGAUCUUUGCAAGCAUCUCUUGCCAUUUUAGAGUCAUUAGUUUUGAAUAGUUCCGGCAAGUAUCCACUUGUAGAACAGGAAGUUACAUUACCUUAUUUAAUAGUGCAUUUGCAGUCUCCAAUACCGGAGAUACAGCAAAAUGCAAUUGCUUUAAUCAAUGCAUUAUUUUUGAAAGCAGAUAUUAAUAAAAGAAAAGCAGUUGCUGCUACAUUAACCUCUAAACAAAUAAGAAAUGUAAUAAUGGUACAUAUUAUCCAAAAGCAACAUGUUGGUGCUGAAAUGGCUCAUCAGUUAUAUGUUUUACAGACUCUUCUAUUUAAUUUAUUGGAAGAAAAAAUGAAGCGAAAAUUAGACCCACAGGAUCCUGAAGCCCGAGAAAAAAUAUUAGAAUUAAGGAGAAUAGCUUUUGAUACAGAUGCUGAGAUUGUAAAUUCAGCAGGACGUAAAGGGGGAUAUUCAAAAGAUUAUAAAAAACUUGGUUUCAAAAAUCAUGUAAAUCCUGCUGAAGAUUUUACAGAAAUUCCACCAGGAAUGUUAGCUUUAGACAAUAUGAUUUAUUUUGCUCGUAAUCAUACAGAAAAUUACACAAAAGUUGUACUUGAAAACUCGUGUCGAGCUGAUGAGCAUGAAUGUCCAUUUGGAAGAACCAGUAUUGAGUUAACUAAGCUUUUAUGUGAUAUUCUUAAAAUAGGUGAACCCCCUACUGAGCAAGGUAAAAUUUUUUAUCCUAUGUUCUUCACUCAUGAUCAUCCAUUUGAAGAAUUUUUUUGUAUUUGUAUAAUCCUUCUUAAUAAAACCUGGAAAGAAAUGCGUGCCACUACAGAAGAUUUUGCUAAAGUAGUGAGUGUUGUUAAAGAACAGAUUACAAGAGCUUUAAAUACAGAUCCACCUCCACCAACUCUUGAAAAUUUUAAGCUAAAACUUGCAACACUGACAUAUAAUGAAAUAACCAAUUUGUGGCAACAGGAACGCUCUAACAGAGAAGAAUGGGAAUCUCAAGCCAGGCCAAUUGUAGAACUGCGGGAACAAAUAACUCCAGAAAUUAGGAAUCUUAUCCAGAAACAAAGAUUUCAGUAUUUAUGCGAAGGUACUAUGUUUACAAAAUACUCUAACAAAGGCCAAAGAAUUAAAGAUAAGUUUUGGUACUGUCGAUUAUCUCCUAAUCAUAAAGUUUUUCAUUAUGGUGAUUGUGAUGAAAAUAGAGGUGUACCUGCAUUAGAAGAAUUACCACAUAAACUACAAGUAGUUGAAGUAAAGUCACUUGUAACUGGAAAAGAAUGCCCGCAUAUGAAAGAAGUAAAACGUACAAAGUCAACGUUAUCUUUGGCAUUUUCUCUGAUUCCUGAUUCUGAUCAAGAGCCACUGAAUUUUGUUGCACCAAAUGACAAGGAAUUUGAUUAUUGGACUGAUGGAAUAAAUGCUUUGCUGGGAAAUAAAAUGGUUAGUAAGGAAACCAAGAAUGACUUAGAAACGUUGUUGAGUAUGGAUAUAAAAUUAAGAUUACUUGAUACUGAAGGUGUGAAUAUACCAGAGAAUCCUCCUAGCAUUCCAAAAGAUCCACCGAAUUAUGAUUUUUGUUAUGAUUUUAAAUGAACUUUCUCAUUUGUCAGGUUUGUUUUUGUUUUAAUAAGCAGGCAUAGGAUUUAAACAGUUUAGUAGGUAAUUAAAAACCCAGUUCCAUAUGAAGUGAAUUAGUUCCAAAGCUCAAAAUUUUAAUUUCUGUAUGAUUAAAUAGUAUUGACUUCUUUAAACUUUUAUCUAAGAAGGGAAAAGAUAUUCAUGUUUUAAUUCUGUCUGCAGUUAUGUUGAACGAACUAAAUAUUUUACAUUAUUGCUUUUUGAAAUUCUUUUUAAUGGCACUGACUAAGCAGUCAGCCGAAUUUAUUUUACAAUUGAUUUUUAAACAGCCCAGUUUUAUUGCAACUGUGACAAUAUUAUUCUAAUUUGAACGAAAUAUAUUAUAAGUAACUUUUGAUUAAUGUAAAUAUAUAGAAUGUGGUAUAAUUUUUAUCUUUAAUUAUCUCUGUGUUAAAUAAAUAUCUGGGAAUUUGUUUAUUCAAAUCUACACUCUCCCUAUUAUCUUAUUAAGAAAGAUUUUAAUUUAUUAAAUUAUUUCUUCUAAAUUUGAAGCAGUGGAAUUUUGCCUAUUAAAUCCAUGGACCUUAUGAGAAAUAGACUAACCCAAAAUGUGUUUUUCUCCCUCUUCUGACGAGUUCCCGGCUGUCACCUUGAUCACAUCCGGAGGAGUAGGGGACAACUUGCAGAAAUUAACAGUGGUUGCCUAUUCCAGUGUGUAUAAUUGUUUACAAUUGUUGAAAAAGCUUGUUGCAGCACCUCAUUUCACAAAUUAGAAUUUCUACAUAUUUUUAUUUUUGAAACUGAGAUUGAUUUUUAAUAGUUUAGCAUAUUUAUCAAGCAUAAUUAGCGUUCCAAAUAAUUAUAAAGCUACUGAAUGUUUUCAGGGCUAGAUAUUUGUUUAGCUUUUCCUAUGCUGUAAGGACAUUUGUAACUACUUCUUUUAGAAAAUAAUAUUUUAAAUCUGAACGAAUAGAAAAUUUCAAACAAGAAAUUUUCUUGCAAUUUUUAUGUUAUUUAUUGGUG